CGCUAUCUUCCCCACUCCCCAGCCAACAAAUCGACCUUGCUGGGAACGAGAGGGCUAUAGAGCCUGGGGAGGGCAGCGCAACACGCGCCACGGAGCAGCGGCGGCGGCGGCGGCGGCAGAGCAGUCCGCCGGGAGCAGAGGCCGCGCGCGCAGCGCAGGCAGCCAUGGGCGCGCCGGUGAACGGCGCCGUCGUCUUGUUCCUCCUGCUGCUGGCUGGAACGGGGGCGGUGACCGAGGAGACGGCUCCGCAGGAACCCACAUUGCCCGCCGCCGGCUCCGGCUCCGGCUCCGGCGCCGGCGCCGGCGCGGCGGUCGGGGUCAACUCCAACUCCGUGCUGGUCGCGCUGCUCGACUCGCACUACACCGAGCUUGCGGAGCUGGUGGAGAAGGCGCUGCUCCUGCAGACGCUGGAGGACGCCGUCGGGAAGCACAACGUCACCAUCUUCGCGCCGCGGAACGAGGCGCUGGAGCGGGACCUGGACCCGGAGUUCAAGCGCUUCCUGCUGGAGCCGCGCAACCUCAGGUCGCUGCAGGCGCUGCUGCUCUACCACGUCCUGCCCUCGCGCCUGCCCUCCGGCUCGUGGCCCGCGGCCCCGCACCCCACGCUCUCCGGCGAGGACGUCGAGCUCGCCUCGGCCGGCGCCGGCGGCAUGCGCGUCGGCCACGCCGCCGUCACGCGCCCGGACGCCGUGCUCCGGCCCGACGGCGUCAUCCACGGCAUCGAGCGCCUCCUGGUCCCGCGCUCCGUGCAGGAGGACUUCAACCGGCGCCGCAGCCUCGCGGCGAUCUCGGCCGUGCUGCCCACGGGCGCGCCCGAGGUCGACCCCAGGACGCACCGCCUCAAGAAGCCCGCGCCGCCGGUUCCCCCCGGCGCGCCGCCCGUGCUCCCCGUCUGGGACGCCAUGGCGCCCGGGCCCUCCAUCGCCCCCGCGCCGGCGCCCGGCCCGGGCUCCGGGAAGCACCACUUCGACGGGCACAGCCAGGUGAAGGACUUCAUCCAGACGCUGCUCCUCUACGGCGGCUACAACGAGCUGGCCGACAUCCUCGUCAACCUCACCUCCCUCGCCACCGAGAUGGGCCGCCUCGUCUCCGAGGGCUACGUGCUCACCGUGCUCGCCCCCAACGACGAGGCCAUGGCGCGCCUCACCACGGACCAGCUCAGCGAGCCCGGGUCGCCCGAGAACAUCCUCUACUACCACAUGAUCCCCGAGUACCAGACCGAGGAGUCCAUGUACAACGCCGUGCGCCGCUUCGGCAAGGUGCGCUACGACACCCUGCGCCUGCCGCACAAGGUCGUCGCGCGGGAGGCCGACGGCUCCGUCAAGUUCGGCCAGGGCGAGGGCUCCGCCUACCUCUUCGACCCGGACAUCUACACCGACGGCAGGAUCUCCGUGCAGGGCAUCGACGCCGUGCUCUUCGCGCCGGACGACGCCAAGGCCACGCAGACCGCCGACCCCAACAGGAAGCCUCCCGCCAUCGUCACCCACAAGAAGAAGAUCAAGCUCCGGCGAGGCAAGCUGCUGGAAGCGACGUGCCAAGUGGCUGGGCUCUUCGGUCAGCGGUCGCGAUUCGCAAGCUGCCAGUAGACGGAGAAGGGGCUGUGAUACCGAAAGACGAACGAACUGAACUGGUGGGCUGGGGCUGCCCUGGAGAGGCAGAGGGAGCCGUCCACAUUAUUACUUGGUUUCUUUCUUUUUUUUGUUUAUUAUUGAGAAUAAUGAUGAAUCAGGUCAGGUGGGUGGGGGAUGUGGCUGUAAACUCGGUGGGCUGUCGGUGUGUCCAGGGGGAAAAAAAGAGAGAAAAGGCAGCGAAAGAAAUUGUCCAUACAUGAAGAAGCCCAGGGUCGUCGUCUGUGUAUAGGAAGGGAUUAAAAAAGAUGUUUUGUUUUCUUCUGUCUUUCUUUGCUUUGCUUGUGUUCCCGUUUUGACAAUGAGAAAUAUCGGGUAAACACACAACCUUCCCU